AUUCCGUCUAGCCUAGUAGUGAUUCGUUCAUUCAUUCGUUCACAGUCAGCCCAUUGCACUUGAAGGUUGGAGCAACAUUUGAUAAACUGUAUUUCAAACGGACAGCAUGGAAUCGAUUCCGUUAGAAGAACAACAUAAAACUGUGCGACAUCGACAAAUAAAUCAAGAACAAGAACCAAGUGAGGAUACGAGCAUAACCGAUGCCCGUACACCCACGAUCGAUGUGCACAGCAUUACCGGGUUAAUCACGAUCCUGACUGUCAACAUUCAUCAGCUAGAGUCCGUGGUGCAAGUUGGUGCGGAUUUGGGAUUUAUGUACUGGUUGAACAUCGUCCUCAUACCUAUUUCUGUGGUGUGUGUGUACCCACUGCUCGUUCUGCGAAUGCUGCAAGGUGAAGGUUAUACACCUUCGCCGCGACGGUACUGGGCCAGUUUUGUGUUGAUGGUGAUCAUUUUCACAAUCAACCUAACGUUGCAGAUUUUCAACGAUUUGAAUGCUCAAUGCACAGUACUUUUAAAUCAGCCAUUGCCACCAAUCGCACCCAAUCGUACCAAUUGA